AUGGGAAGCUGUUGUGGAACAAACUCAACUAAUAAUCAAGGAGUUCAUGGAUACAGGAAUGGACAACGUACAAAUGGAUAUAAUAAAUUCCCUAAAAUUAUAAUACUACCUGAAGAUGCUGCAUUAAUUUAUUUAGAUGCUUCACCAAUACCAACACCAGCAUCCAUUCGAUUGAAGAAGACACUGAAAAGAAAAUUUCCUAAUCUUGUUUCAUCCGAUAAUGACAAAAGAAUACUAAAUCAGAUCGAUAUGAUGAAAGCACGUAAAUAUUAUAUAAUUGUCGUUGGUCAUAUACGAGAAGCAACGCUACAAUCCAUUUUAAAAAGUUCAAAAGUAAGAGCUAUCUAUUUCUGUCUUGAAGAAACGGAUCUUAGCUCAUAUUUUAAAUCAGCCAAAAUAAAAGGUUGUUUUAAAGAUCAAAUGGCAUUGAAAAAAGCGAUUUAUUAUGAUAUACGACUUGAUGACACUUACUAA